AUGUAUGUGUCACAUAACUCCCUCUGUUUUGAUUAUAUGUUCCAGAGUUUCAAGCACAGCGUCUUGAAGACUGAAGUUGCAGAUGGUGAGAAGCUAUAUGUCUCAAGCGUUCUUCACAAAGCUUGCAUUGAGGUGGAUGAAGAGGGAACUGAAGCUGUAGCCGUGUCUAUUGCCGUCUUCAGCUACAUGUGUUAUGACGAUACAAAUUUUGUAGCUGACCAUCCGUUUCUAUUCACGGUGAGAGAAGACAAGAGUGGAGUGAUUUUGUUCAUGGGUCAACGUGACUAA